GGCUUUAUUUGUGGUCUGUGGUCUACGGCUAGUCAAUCAUUUUACAAUUUACUGUUUUUUAAUUUUUAUUAAAACAAAUUAAAGCUAACGUUAUAAACUCACAUUCUACUGUUUCUUGGAGAGUUGGAUUGGAUAAAAAUACAAAGUUUCAUACAUAUCUUGGUCCCGACGUGGUUACACUUAAUGAAUUACCUGAUUCGUACAUAGACCAUGUUUAAACCUCUGAACUUUGAAUUUAUUUACAUGGUACAGUAAUUCGUGCAGUAAAUUCGACCUAAAUCUUAUAUCACAUUUAUUUAGCUAAAACUGAUUCUGGAGCUAAUCAGCACAUCUAUGUAUACCACCUUACGGAUUCAUUCUCAGCAUAGAUCUAAGUAUAUACUCCAGUGUUUAGGUUCACACUUACCGUAAUCCAAAUAAUAUUUACUCUCUACGAGAUCAUAGCAAUAUGGAGCUUGGUACCUACACUGGCGUAGGACAAGAGACAAGAAAAACAUCAACAGCUAAAUUCUGCUUGACAUGCCUAGCGACAGACUGCAGGCUGUAUCCAUUCAGACAAAACAGUUUGGGAGAGGCCUACCAACACUUGACUGGCAAUGUGAUGUUAUACAAUAUGAAGUUUGUGCCACAGUUUUGUACGGAAUGCACACAAAGACUGAUCAACUGUCGCAAAUUCAGGAACAAGAGCUUGAGGAGUUACGACCUAUUGUUGGAAUUGUAUGAAAAAAAUCAAGUGUUAACCACAGAGGACAUAAAAAGUAUCGACCGAACUAAACACCGUCUCACAUCAGAUAUAGUAAAAACAUCACAUGAACCUGAUCACUGUGACUUAUAUCUAGUGCACACUAAACAGAAUUCAAAAAUAAACGAAGAUGUCAAAAUUGAAGUGAAAAUUGUAGAAAGUGCACCCAUUCUGGCAAGCAUAGACGAAACAUCAAAAGUAACAAUCAACGUGGAACCAAAGGAAGAAACAUUGGUAGCUGUCAAAAGUGAUGAUGAGUUUCUAAUCGAUGAUAUUGAUAAUGAUACAGAUUUUCUUUACAAAAAUGAUGGAGAAAUAACAAGUAAUACAAUUAAAAUUGAUGAGUUUUCCACUAAUGUGAAUGAUACAGAGGAAUUUGACGAUACAGAUAAUUGGGACUUCAUGAAAAACAGUGAAAGCGAUGGUGACAUUGUUGACAAUCGAAAAGUUAAAAACAAUACAAAAACAAAAAGAAAAGUGGUAGCUAAAAAGGAAAAAUCACCGCCCAAACCAAAAAAACCGAGGGCAAGAGUCAAAAAGGAGGCUGUAAAGACAACUAAAACAGAGAAUUUGGAUUAUUUGAAACAAUUUUUAGUGACAAAAUUGAGUCAUGAAGAACAAUUAGCCGAUAUACACAAAAGAAAAGAAACUGAUAAUUUUAAAAACUCUCCAUACAAAUGUAUGAAAUGUUUCAAAGGAUUUUGUAAUGUCACAACUUAUGAUACUCACAUGGAAAAACAUACUAAUAAAUUUGGCCAAUUUGUGUGCGAAGUAUGCGGGAUCCACAUAAAAAGCAACCAUAGACUACGGAACCACGUGGUCAAGAACCACAGCAUGCGGUACAGCUGUUACAGUUGUCCACUUGUCACUAACCAUAAGGAAUCAGCUCAGAACCACGAGCGUUGGCACAACGGAGCCAAGUUCAAAUGCCAACAUUGCAAUGAGGAGUACAGUAAGAAGACCUCCUACCUGUCUCACCUCCGUAUAUGGCACCCCUCCGAUGUGGUCUGCACUCUCUGCGGGUUCUCCUUCAUCAACGAGAGAGGUCUGCGGAUGCACAUCAACUUCAAGCAUCGCUUCGACGACUUGCAGAACGCCUCUGGACCGCUCUGCGAGCCGUGCAACAUACGUUUUGCUUCACACACUGCUUACAAACAACAUCUGGAUGUCUCUCCCAAACACUCGGACGGAUCAGCGUUGCAACGCAACACUCCAAAAAUAAGGCACGGCAAACGAAAACAAUACGGCACCAAGACUAAAGAGGACAUAGAGACUGUGGACUGUGAACAGUGCGGCGCACAAUUCAAAGGCUUCAAACUGUACGCAUACCACUUCAAGCGGUUCCACCCGGACAAGAAGCGCACGCAGUAUCCGCCCAACUCGCCGCAGCGGUUCUUGUGCGACCAGUGUGGGAGGUCUUUUAAGCACCGUUGCGCUCUACGAGACCACAUGCUGACUCACUCUGGCAAGAAGGAGUUCCAAUGCGACAUAUGCAACAGAAAGUACUACCUCAAGACCAACCUCAUCACACAUUUGAAGUCCCACAACGAAGUCCAACCAACCUACCCGUGUCCCAUAUGUGGGAAGAACUUCACCAACAAAGCCAACACCAAUCGACAUAUAUGGACCCACAAGGACCUCAAGCCGUUCAAGUGUCACGCGUGCGACAAGACGUACGUGAACGCUUCCGCGCGUCGCAGCCACGUGCUGCACGCGCACCUCAAGCAGCCGUGGCCCAAGAAGAGUCGUGGCCCGCGCGUGCGCGCCAGCCGCGCCAGGCACACCAAGGAGGCCGUCUGCGGGACCAUAUGGCCCAAGGGUGAACGUGCGGCUGGAAUGGCGACCAUGCAGGAGUUUCAAGGAUAAAAUUGUUUAAUCAAUUUCUCAGACCAAUUAUAGAAGGACCUGUAUCGCACUCAUAGUCAUAAACAAAAUUGUCUGUCAUUUUCUGAAGAAAACGAGCUUAGAUUUGGUACAUUUCUUAUACUAAACUAGAAGUUUUUGCCCGUUUUUUACACAAUUCAAUUACACAAAAAGGUAUUUUUACGGAGCUCUUUAACCGACGAACACGAUUACAACUAUGAAACAUCGAUUCUAUAGACACAGUUUUUAUAAUCGCAUUAGAAUCGUUGAUCAUAUACUUUGACAGAAAAGUUACGUCUAGCGAGGCAGGUCCUAUACAAUAAUUGGUCUGAGAUCAAUUUCGAAGAGACACGCGACUCGAAUCCUGUAUAUAUUUAUAUGUAAAACUUCCAUAUAGUAAAUAUAACUGAGAAGUAAUUAUUAUGUAAAAAAUGUAUUGUAUAAAUGUAAUGUAGGUGAAAUAAAAAAAUCGCUUUAACUUUAAGGCUGCUCUUGCAAACGAAAUACUCUUAUAAUAUAAUAAAUCUCAUUUACCUGUUUUGUAUAUUUAUCUUGUAAGCCUGAGAUGCGACCAAACGACAUAUAUCGUGAAGAUAAAUAAACAGUUUUGAUCGUGCCGCGAUGCAAGAACCAGCUCAUGACUAAGGGCCUCGUAUGGGUUCGAAACUAGUUGGGCAUACACCGACGUUGCAUUACGUGAGUUUAGCCGUGUUUCAUAAUCAAUUAAUAUGAAUAACACUCACGAUAAUUUAAAUUCUAAAAUAAAUAAACAAACGUCAACCAAUAGCGGUGCAACCGGAAAUAUCGCUAUCUCUUUCAUUGCGUUGGGGACGAAAGAGAUGGGACAGAGACAACUCCGCCAUUGUUGGUCAUUUCUCUUUAUGAUAUAUGUCGUUGGUCGCAUGCUAGGCCUGCAGUAAAGUAUUAAUUUUAUAUAU